GAAGCCCCUAUAUAUUUUCUAUGAAGGUAAAACAGAUUUUGGGCCUAAGUGAACACGAACAUUUCACUGUUUUUUCUCUGUUGUGAAUGUAAGAGAGAGAGGGGGGGGGACUGAGCUCAGGAGCUUACAAUCUAGGAAAGGGGAAGUAGUUCCAGGUUACAAGUUGUAGUUGAACAAUAGCUGGAGGGCCAGUGUUUAAAGCACUAGGGUAGAACAUUCCAGGGAAAUGCUUGGAGCUGUACAAAGAAACACUGAUCAUUAGGAAGAGGCCAGUGAAGGAGGAGUUAAUAUAUAUUAUAGUUCAGUAAGUGUCAGUCGCUGCCCUGAGCUGACAGUUUCACAGCGCCCCCCUCCUGUCACUCUCUUCUCAUUGCUGAUCGGUCAGAGAGACGAAAGGAAAAGUUUGGGCCGAUGUUGGGAGUCGCCUGUCAAUCAUUCCGGUAGCCUCCCCCAAGCAGAUCGGGUUCCCCCUGAGUGACAGCGUUACCAUGGCAAUUCAUUUGACUAAAACUGUUGUGUUAUCGUCGCAGUCCCCGGGUCAGAUAUCCGACCAAUCACAGCGCGCACAAUCACUUUUCAUGGCAGUUUAGAAUAAAGUGAUUAAAGGAGGCAGCGAGAGUUUCCCCGGCCGAUUCCCUGCGCAGUCCCCGCGGCGACCCCAACACUGAGGCUCAGAGACCGCAGCGGAGCAGCAAGAGCGCAGGGGUCGGACAAGCGCGGAGAAAGAAGGAGACGGUUGCCCCGGGGGCUGAUGGCUUGUGGGUCGGUGUGAGGGGCCAGUGGAUAAUUGUAGAGGCGGCGGGAGGGGUCGGGGAGGAUCAUGUCGAUGCUUCCGACCUUUGGCUUCACUCAGGAGCAAGUGGCGUGCGUGUGUGAGGUGCUGCAGCAGGGGGGCAACAUCGAGCGAUUGGGCCGAUUCCUGUGGUCGCUCCCGGCCUGUGAUCACCUCCAUAAGAACGAGAGUGUCCUCAAGGCCAAGGCCGUGGUCGCCUUCCACCGGGGCAACUUCAGGGAACUCUAUAAAAUCCUGGAGGGCCACCAGUUCUCUCCGCACAAUCACCCCAAGCUGCAGCAGUUGUGGCUCAAGGCUCAUUAUGUGGAGGCCGAGAAGCUCCGCGGGCGACCCCUGGGGGCGGUGGGCAAAUACCGGGUGCGCAGAAAGUUCCCUCUGCCCCGAUCCAUCUGGGACGGAGAAGAAACCAGUUACUGCUUCAAGGAGAAGAGCCGGAGUGUCCUGAGGGAAUGGUACGGCCACAACCCCUACCCCUCGCCCCGGGAGAAGAGGGAACUGUCCGAGGCCACCGGACUCACCACCACUCAGGUCAGUAACUGGUUCAAGAACCGACGCCAGCGCGACCGAGCGGCCGAAGCCAAAGAGAGGUACGAGGAAAAUAACGAAAACUCAAAUUCCAACAGCCACAACCCAUUGUCCACUUCAAUGAACGGAGGGAAAACAGUUCUUGGGAGCUCAGACGACGACAAAACUCCAUCGGGGACCCCAGACCACACUUCGUCCAGCCCGGCGUUACUCCUCGGUGGGAAUCCUGGUCUUCAGGCUCUUCAUGGGAUGAGCCACCCACAAGGACCUAGCGCCAUCCCAGUGUCUUCAGCAGACCCCAUGCACCACCACACACUGCAGGACUCAAUCCUCAACCCCAUGUCGUCCAACUUGGUAGACCUUGGCUCCUAAAACUGACCGUCAGGAACCUACCGGCCACCUACAAUUAAUACUGGCUAGCCUGGAUACUGAGCCAACCUCUCUGUGGAUGGAACUGCUUUUAGCACUGGGUGUCCCAGGCAGGUCUACAUGGGCAAUCAGAUUGAUGGAUCUAGCCAAUAUCCCAAAACCAUGCUUGAUAUCGCUUUAACAGCAACCUGCUACAAAAUCGCUUCUCCAGGAAAUCGACCGGUUUAAGUCGCUGGUGAUGUUGGCACCAGGCAGGAUGGAGUUAAACUGAGGAUAAGGGGCUUCUGUGUUGCACCUAAAGCUAAAGAGAUAAGUCGCUCAAAUGCACCAAGUGAAUUCUGCAUUUCCAGAGCCACAUUAUAGCCAGCAGGAUAUUUAAGCAGCCAAUGUUAUUUAUCAAUGGACAAGCCCAAUCAAAUAGCACUUUGCACCCCUCCCUUGAGCACCAGAGUUGAAGGAUCCCAAUAUUGUUAUACAGUUUAUCCCAAAUUGCAUUCAGCAGGUCAGCUGCCCUUUUUCCUUUUUCCUUUUUAUUAUGUGAAUAAACUUAAUGGAAAUCUCCCUGCUUCUAUUUUCUAAUAAAAACAGGAAUCAUACAGUCA